CCAACGCGUGUUUUUAUUUACCUUUUCGUUCGCGGAGUCACUUCGCCGUGGCUGGCGGACGCAGAAAAUCAGUGAGUUUCGGCGUUUUCCGGAGUUACAACAACACCAAAUCGUUUACAGAUUGCGUGGAAAAGAUCCCGUAUCCGGAAGGAAGCCAGUCGCGAUGGGUGACUAUCUUGGAUCGGUCGCUCUGCCGAGCAUGAAAAUGCGUCAGCGAAAACUUUGCCAGAUCAAGCAACAGCCACGUGCGGCACCCGUCUACAAUGAUUCGAGCAACUUCGGUGUGCGGAUGCUGGAGAAGUUGGGCUGGUCCGAGGGCAAAGGUCUUGGUAAACGCGAAGACGGCAUGUCUGCACCCAUUCUGCCCAAGAUGAAGCAGGACGCUGAAGGAUUUGGCUAUGCUGGCGAGAAGGACGACCACUGGACCCAACAUGAUCAGGACUUCAACCAGCUGUUGAAAUCGCUGAACGGCGAAGAAGCUCCUCCUGUGGACGAGGUAGAUAUGGCCAAAAUGAAAUCCUUGGAGGAGAAAUCUAAGAACUCGCGCGCCCGUGUUCACUAUAAGAAGUUUACCCGGGGUAAGGAUUUGAGCAGGGCUAGCGAGAAAGAUUUGGCAAACAUUUUCGGUAAGAAGUCGUUGGACGAGGUGAAGAACAACAAACUGGCCGUUGAAGAAGCUGACGAUAAGGAUGACGUAGAAGAUAAAUCCGAUUCCGAUGAAACCAAUGUCUUAGGAUUAACUACGAUUAAAGCAAGUAUGUCCCUGCAGGAUUACUUCAAAAGUAAGAUGCAGGAAAAAUUUGGACAGGCGAAACAGAAUUCUGUGAUUGAACCGGAGUUGGAAGCAGAGACGGAAGAUACCACGUCUAAAAAGAAGUCAAAGAAAUCCAAGAAAAGCGCGGAAGCUGAAUUGGAUGAAACCGUGGCAAAUUCUACCGAAGAUGUAGCCGAGUGCAGCGAAGAACCUACAAAAAAGAAGAAAAAGAAAAAGCGUUCAGAAUUAGAAGGUGUCGAUGCAACACAAGAAUCUAAUGUGGAGCUCGCUAGUCUUGAGGAUGAACCCCUACUCGAGGAAUCCUCCAAGAAAAAAUCUAAAAAAGCUAAACGAUCAAAAGCUUUAUAUGAAGAACCGGUUUUGGAAGAAACUCAAACAGAACCCACUUCCAGUAAAAAAUCAAAGAAAGAAGAAUCUGAACAGUUGGAAGAUAAUGAGCCUACAGAAAUAGGUAAAUCGAUAUCAGAGGAAUCAGUUACUAAAAAGAGCAAAAAUAAAAAGCGAAAACGUUCCGAUGAACAGAGCGAUUCGACUGAAAUCCAACUUCCAUCAGAGGAAGUCUUUGUCGAAGAAACCUCAGUUGAAAUUAAAAGCAAGAAGAAGAAAAAGAAGAAGACCGAAACCGAGCAGGAGGUCACACAGGAGGAGGACGAAAUAACGUGCCGCGUGAAGGUUAGUGUGUUAAAACAGCUGGAUGAAACCGGAUUUCCAGGAUCUAACUUUGGAGAUAUUGUAGGCUACGGACUGUCGCAGGACGUGAAACUCAUCAAGCGCGAAAGCAAAAAUCUGAAACAAGUGAUGGAGAAGCAUCAGUUCAUCCAGCAGAAGCAGACCUCGGUUCAGCGGAAGAGACAGAUGCUGAAAAAGGUGAGUGCAUUCAAGCGAUUAUGAGUUUCAGACAGUCUUUUGUAAUAUACGUCGAUAGUUAAGUUCCGCAACAUUUGAAA